CACCGAGAAUCGGAGGGCCCGGCCCAUGCACAUGCACACAUGCGCAUGCCCAUGCCCAUGUCAGGUGUCGUCCAUGCGACUCCAGAGACGAGAGCCAGGCUCCAGGCGCCGGGAGCAAGUCAAGACUCGAGGAGAGGAUUCAGAGGAUUCAGAGGAUCCGGAGGAAUAGGCGGGGAGAGGAUAGGAGGAGGCUGCUGCUGCUCUCGGUGUCGGGGCCGACGAUCUUGGCGAGCGCGUAGCCAGUCAGGGCUGUGAUGUUUGCAGAUUCCUUGGCUGCUUCGUGUGUUCUCCGAGUGCUCUGCUUGGGUUUUAGAUUUGCUCUGACGAUGGCGGCGGUGGUGGUGGAGCCUUGCGUCUCGAGGACUCUGGCGUCGAGUCUGUGAGCGCGCACGGCGGCCCCUGGCGAAAAUUUCUUGGUUUCGGUGAGGUGGUAGUGGUGGUACUUGUGCUCGAACGAGUCUGGGUCUGAACAAUUGGCUGUACACGUUGCAGUGAUCUUGAUCUGCAGAGUGUGUCUUCGUGUGGUGGUUGGUCGGCUGUGAGUUUAGGGGCCAUAUGUUGUACAAUGAGCAGCUCGUGCUUGUGUUUGUGGAGUGUUUGACGGAGGGGAAAUUCCACGGGGGUAAAGUUGUCUAGCGAGCAGCGGCAAAGCUGGAGCCAAGAUGGGGGUUGACACUGUGCAGUUUGCGCUGCCAGCCGAACUGGACACUUACAUGCAGGAUUCCAUCUUUCAUAUGCUCGGAUUUUGUACCUAUGAAGAUCGAUUGAAGAAAAAACUCUCGAGAGCUGAGGAGUCUCAACGUGACCUCGCUCUUCAGUUGCAACAAAUGCAGUUUCGCUUGCGGGAAUCUGAUCACAAACGUGCUAAAUCGAAGGAAGAAGCGGUUUUGAACGCGCAAGCUUUAAAAAGGCAGGUGGCCGAAAAUCAGAAGCUGUUAGAACAAUGUCGAGCUUUGAAAGACGAAUGUAACAGGUUAGAGCAGGAGUGCAAUUUGUAUCACAACGAUCGAGAUGUCUUCAUGGAAGCCGCCUAUGAGGCGGAGGAUCGUGCGGCGGAAGCUGACGACAGAGCCACGGAGGCAGAAGCAAAGAAUGCAGUUUUAGAAGCAGAGCUUGACCAAAUGAGGCUAGCAAUGUCGAUGAACGGAGGCAAAGAAUCGGAUAUUGAGGCUGCGGAGGAUUUGGCAGUAUUGAAGUCAAGAAUUGCAGAGUUGGAGGGACACAAUGCGAGUCUAAAGGAAAAUCUGUCAAUGCUUAGUUCUGAGGACUCUUUGCGCAUGAGUUAUAGUCCUGGGGAGACACUGCGUGUACCUGAGGGCGACGGGGAGAAUCAGGUUUUAGUUCCCUUUGAGCAAUUUGAAGAGACAAGACGGGAACUCCAACGCCUGCAAGAUUCGUAUGCCAAUGAGGCAGCUGCAAGAAGAGAUGAGAGGACUGUGCGUGCUUUGGUUUCUUCGGCGGUAACCUCAGGCAUUUGCAGGGCCCUAGAGGAGGAGAAAGAGGAAACCAUUAAUGAUCUCAAUAUGGAAUUCUCAUCCCUUUUGAGGUGUAUGGAAGUGGAACUCAGUGCUUGUCGGGAAAGAGCAAAGUUCGCUGAAAAGAACGUUCAAAACUUGCUUCUAGAACUUCAGGCAGUAAGACAAGAAGCAGCAAUAUGCAGGAAUAACCUUGACAAAGCUGAAGUUGAGGUGCAAAUGCUGGCAGAUGAGAACAAGGAAGUAAGGAUUUUAUUGAGACGCAGAUAUGCCGGUCUUGAUUCACCGAUGCAAAAUAAAGGAGUAAGGUUUCAACACACUCUACAUGCUUGGCACAAGUGUCCUCAACCUUUGGAGUAAUGUAGGUGGUUCUUCUAAAUCGCGUGGAAGGUUGCGCUCCAAGCCUUAUGAGGCCAUCAGCGAGGAAAGCAUUUGUGAAAUAUGUAAAGCAAGGCAGCCCCUUAUGCCUCUGCAGGCCAACUCAGUUGACCGUAAAGUAUCCCGUCGUCAACACCCUGCUGUCGAUGGUAAUUUUUUUAUACGUAGUCCUAGUUCUCCAUCUAGGGACAUUUCACCUGGAUCUCUAUUCCAGGAUUGACAACACAACAGAAGAUUGUUGUGUUGGGAUUCAGCAGUCAAAAGCAGGCACAGGUACAUAUUGACGAGGAUUACGUUUGCUGCUUUUGGUAGCUUAUCUAUCCCUUGUGUGCUUUUAUUUAUUUAGAAUCAGAAGAAAAUCUGUGUGUGCGGCCGGCCUUGCACAGUUGUAUAGUAAUUGUCUUGAUUAAAGAAUUUAUUGGUCGAUAUUUUGAAGAGCCAAGUAGGAGUGCCAUUGACUAUCAAUUGUGUCAUCAUUUCUCAAGACACGCAAGACAUCGAGAUUUCAACAGCU